AGGGACGCCAACAUGAGCACUAUCAAGAUAGACAUUAAUCCUGAAAAGAACAUCAUUAGUGUUUGGAAUGAUGGCAAAGGGAUCCCAAUCGUCAUGCAUAAAGACCACAAUGUAUUUGUCCCUACUUUGAUCUUUGGUCAUCUUCUGACAUCAAGUAACUAUGAUGAUAAACAGAAGAAAGUCACAGGGGGACGUAAUGGUUAUGGUGCCAAGUUGUGUAAUAUAUUUAGUACCAAGUUUUCUGUUGAGACUGCUUGUUCAGAGUCGAAGCAAAGAUUCAAACAGGUGUGGCAUAACAACAUGGGGAAGGCAGGCGAGCCAGUUAUUAAAGACUUUUCUAGCAGUAAAGAUUUCACCUGCAUCACAUUCAGCCCAGAUCUUGCUAAGUUUAAAAUGGAAUCAUUGGACAGAGAUACAGUGGCAUUAUUAACAAGACGAGCCUAUGACAUUGCAGCAUGUGCGAGAGGAGUAACAGUUUUUCUCAAUGGCCAAAAGCUGAAGGUGAGGACAUUCAAGGAUUAUGUUGAGCUUUGCUUGAAAGGGAUUGAUAAGGAUCAGAAAGAAGAGGAUGAACAAAACUCUGAAACUAAAGAUAUUAAAACCAAGGUUGUUCAUGAAGUGGUGAAUAACCGUUGGGAAGUCUGUGUAACAGUUAGUGAGAAAGGCUUCCAGCACUCCAGUUUUGUAAACAGUAUUGCAACUACUAAGGGAGGAACCCAUGUGAACUAUGUGACUGAACAAAUUGUUGACAAGAUGAUGGCAGCUAUCAAGAGAAAGAAUAAGGGUGGGAUUGCUAUCAAACCUUUCCAAAUCAAGAACCAUUUAUGGGUAUUUGUAAAUUGCUUGAUCGAAAAUCCCAGCUUUGACUCACAAACCAAAGARAACAUGACUCUGAGAGCAAAGGAUUUUGGAUCAAAGUGUGAACUGUCUGACAAGUUCUUAAAAGCAGUUCAGUCUUGUGGAGUUAUGGAGAAUGUUCUCAACUGGAUGAGAUUCAAGGAAAAGGCACAGCUAAACAAGAAGUGCAGCAGCCAAAAGCAGAACAAGAUCAAAGGGAUACCAAAGCUUGACGAUGCUAACGAUGCUGGUGGCAAGAGGUCCAAACAGUGCACUCUAAUCUUGACUGAAGGAGACUCAGCCAAAACCUUAGCCAUUAGCGGACUGAGUAUCGUGGGAAGAGAUUUAUAUGGUGUCUUUCCKUUGAGGGGAAAGCUGCUGAAUGUGAGAGAUGCAGCACAUAAACAGAUCCUUGAAAAUGCUGAGAUCAACAACAUUAUCAAGAUUAUCGGCCUGCAGUACAACAAGAAGUACAACACGGAAGAUGAUUUAAAGAGUCUYCGUUAUGGCCACAUGAUGAUCAUGACUGAUCAAGAUCAAGAUGGUUCUCACAUCAAAGGCCUUGUCAUCAAUUUUAUUCACAGUAACUGGCCUGGUCUUUURAAGUUAGGAUUUGUAGAACAAUUUAUUACUCCCAUUGUUAAG